UAGUGACUUCUCCUGCUCUUUCAGUUGAAGCACCUGAUGAUGUUUGUAUCGACUGCUACCACGACAGUGCCGCAGGAAAGAGAUCCAUCGGUGCACUGGUGGCCAGCCUCAACCCGGGCAUGUCCAGCUGCGCUGAAGGCCUACUUCAAAUACAACGAAUGUUUGCCGUCACGCAUUGUGGUGUAUCGAGACGGCGUGGGCGACGGCGUGCUGCUGAGCGUAGUCGACUACGAAGUGCCUCAGUUCACGCAGUCCAUCAAGGCCAUGGGUGAAGAUCACGCGCCCAAACUGACCGUGUUGGUGGUGAAGAAACGCAUCUCUUCCAGAUUCUUCGCUCUCCUCGACGCCAGACUGAGCAACCCUCCUCCCGGAACGGUCAUCGACGCCGAAGUCACGUGACCCGAGUGGUGUGUUCAGGCAUAGUUCAUCCAUCUUUUUCUCUUUUUCUAGCGGUCUUUCUGAUCGCAGCUUCAGGUUACGUUCGAACGCUGAUGGCUUGAUUGGUCAGGUACGACUUCUUCAUCGUGAGUCACAAAGUGCGCUUCGGCAGUGUGGCCCCCACUCACUACAACGUGGUGUACGACAGCAGUGGCCUCAAACCAGACCACAUGCAGAGACUCACCUACAAACUCUGCCACCUGUAUUACAACUGGCAGGUAAAAGCCACACACACACACACACACGUUCAUACGGGAGGAGGGUUGCUAAGUCAACGAUUUUCAUUAUCGAUUAUCAUCAACUAUUAUGGAUUAGUUGUUGCAGCUCUAUUUGCAACACAUUAUACUAAGAAUUGUGUGGUAUUUUAAGAUGUUUGUUCAAGGUAAUGCAGUUAAUACCCAUUGCAGUUCUUUAUACUUCGGGUUAUUACUCAGAUUAUAAAUGUAUUUGAGUGAGGACAUUUAUCACCUGUGUGCUUUUUCUGCAUUGUUAUUAGCAUAUGUACUGUAUGAUUUAGUAAAAUAAUCAUUA